AUGACCUCAGUCAGCGGCCUUUCAGCAGAACGAUACGAGGAAAUGGCAGAGAAACUGUCCCUCCUUUGCUUCGGCGGCUCCCUGACAGCGGGUUACUACAGUUACGGGCUCGAGCACCCGUACGCCGGAAAACUCAAGGAGAGUCUUGAGGCAGCGUUCCCCAACAUUGAAAUCACAGUUGAUGUGGAUGGGGAAGGUUGA